ACGUGGGAACGCUGGAUGCCCUGGCGACGCGGGCGGCGUGAAUAGGGUAACGGAGCUGUGGCUGCAGCUCCAGGACGCGCAAACACCUGUGGCUUCCCAGAACUUGGGCCAGGCGCACCCGUCAGAGGGGGCCUCUCGAGUCCUGGGUCAGGGAGCCGCCUCCGGGGUUCGCUGAGCUUCCUCCUGGUCUGGCUUUAAUGCUGACCGUGGACCCAGCCCCUGGAUGGAGGUGAGAUCUCCGUGCCAAGCUCCGGGAAUCCACUAUCUUUCAAAUCCUUCUGAAUCUCCAGGACCCAGGUACUACUAAUAUACCCACUUUACAGAGGAGGAAGCUGAGGCUAGGUUAGGGAAAGUUAUCCCACAGAGAAGAGCCUUUUGCCUGAAUUGGAUGAAUCCAAGCUACUUAGCUAGGUGGAGCCCAAAACAGGUGUCUGGGUUUGAGAAACAUCUGAACCAACGCCCCCUCCUUUCCCAGUUGUCUGUAUCAUCUAAUUCUGGCUGUACAAGAUGGGUAGAUGUUGUGGCCAGGAUGUGGAUUCUGAUGGCAGAGGUCCGUGAGGUCUGCCCUUUCUGGGCAAGUGUUAAGGGAAACCAAAUUCUGGAAUUUACACUGAAUUACUCUGGAAGUUAGACUGUUGAACCAGAGCACAGCGGCUCUCUAUAGAAGCCACCUUUGAGGUUCUUGCUAGCCGGGCAGAUGGAGGUGCAGGGAUGCUGCAGGCGGGGUCGCUGUCCUCCGGCAGGGGGCUCCCACCUCAGACUGAAUUGAGCAGAGGGAACCAGCAGGAGGGAGCCACUACUGGAGGCUGUCCUUGUGCCAAUGAGCCUUCCCAACACCUCCUCUGCUUUUGAAGACAAGAUGUGUGAGGGGAACAGGACGGCCUUGGCCAGCCCUCAGCUGCUGCCCCUGGUGGUGUUUCUCAGUAGCAUCUCCCUGAUCACCGUGGGCCUCAACCUGCUGGUGCUGUACGCUGUGCGCAGUGAGCGCAAGCUGCAUACCGUGGGCAACCUGUACAUUGUCAGCCUGUCAGUAGCCGACCUGAUUGUAGGGGCAGUCGUCAUGCCCGUGAACAUCCUGUAUCUCAUCAUGGCCAAGUGGUCCCUGGGCCGUCCCCUCUGCCUCUUUUGGCUCUCCAUGGAUUACGUGGCCAGCACGGCAUCCAUCUUCAGCGUCUUCAUCCUGUGUAUAGAUCGCUACCGCUCCGUCCAACAACCCCUCCGGUACCUGAGAUAUCGAACCAAGACCCGAGCAUCAGUUACCAUCCUGGGGGCCUGGUUUCUCUCCUUCUUGUGGAUUAUACCCAUCCUUGGCUGGAAUCACUUCAUGUCCCUGACCCCUGAUCUUCGGGAAGACAAGUGCGAGACAGACUUCCACAAUGUCACUUGGUUCAAGAUCAUGACUGCCAUCAUCAACUUCUACCUCCCCACUUUGCUCAUGCUGUGGUUCUACAUGAAGAUCUACAAGGCCGUGAGGCAACACUGUAAGCACCGCCAGCUCACCAAUGGGUCCAUCCCUUCCUUCUUAGAAAUCAAGAUGAAGUCAGACAAUACCAAAGAGGCUGCCAAGAAACCUGGGAAGGAGUCACCCUGGGGUGUUCUGAAAAGGCCAUCAAAAGACCCUAUUGAGGGACUGGAUCAGAAGUCACCAUCUGAAGACCCCAAGAUGAUCUCUCCAACUGUCUUCAGUCAAGAGGGGAAUAGAGAAAUGGUUACACGCCACAGUUUUCGUCUUGACGUCAUGCAGAUGCAGACUGUGGCUGGGGGAGCUGCCAGGGGCUCAGAGGGCGAUGACCAGGCUCUGAGCCAGUCCAAAAUGGAUGAACAGAGCCUGAAUACUUGUCGACGGAUCAGCGAGACAUCAGAGGACCAGACCUUGGUGGACCGACAGUCCUUCUCCCGGACCACAGACUCAGACAACAGCACAGAGCCAGGGCUGGGCAAAGGCAAGCUGAGAAGUGGGUCCAACAGUGGCCUGGAUUACAUCAAGAUCACCUGGAAGAGGCUCCGCUCGCAUUCCAGACAGUAUGUGUCUGGACUGCACUUAAACCGAGAGCGGAAGGCAGCCAAGCAGUUGGGUUUUAUCAUGGCGGCCUUCAUCCUCUGCUGGAUCCCCUAUUUCAUCUUCUUUAUGGUCGUGGCCUUCUGCACGAGCUGCUGCAGUGAACGUGUACACAUGUUCACCAUUUGGCUGGGCUACGUCAACUCCACGCUGAACCCCCUCAUCUACCCCCUGUGCAACGAGAACUUCAAGAAGACAUUCAAGAAAAUUCUGCGCAUUCGCUCCUAAGGGCACACCAGAAGGAUGUCAAGAUGGACAGCGUCCGAUGUCCUGGAGGGAACCAGAGGAAGGAAGCAUCACUAGAUGCUAGGGGGUCACUAGAUCCCUGGGCACUGGGGAGUAGAGUCUAAGGUCUUGUGCUGAGCAGUUCGGAGGCAUUCCCAGGCACUGUCAGAAGGAGAGCAGGUGGCAGAGUGAUUUGACUUUAGGAAGCAGAAUGCAAAGCAUUUGAAAACGACAUGAGCAGAGUGUGCCCUCAGGGACUUGUGGGAAUCCCAGAUGCUCUUCGGAUGUCGUGCUCUUUGACUUGAGGUCCUUAGUAACCGAAGUGAGGGAUGUGCAGCUAGAGUUCUUCUGGAGGAUUAGCCUGAACUCUGAGACUUCCUGAACAAAGGCUAUGCGACUGCAGAGGUGUGCACACAGAUGCUGUCCCCUUCCAGGGGUUGUCUGGAGAGGCAUGGCAGCUAGUCUACUUCAGCCACCAUUUCUCAGAGUGCAUCCCUUCUGAGUCCAGCCUCUCUUAUAGCCUUGUCCAGAGCUGUCUGCCCCACCGUGGAACCUGCCUUACCUGUGUCUUAGAGUUGCUAGGAAAUUAGGCAGCUUGUGAGUCCAUCAUUUUCAACUCCUAGUUCCUUUUGGCUCUUAAAAUGGCAGCCGCAGCAGCAAAACUACAACACGGUGACCAAAACUCCCCUCAAAAGUCAAGAGGAGGAGCAAGUGGUUUUUGAAUGGUUACAUCUUAAGCAAAAGAAAGGCAAGAGAACCUUGUUUCUUGAAGGCUCCACCAGGGGGCUCUCACUCAAGGCUGAUGACGUGACAAAGUGUGAGUAGGUCCCCUCUGCAGAGGGACAAGCUGAGUAACAGCCAG